AGCCGUCUGAAGCUUUGGGAGGCACAUCUUGCCGUCUGACACAUUCUGAGCCAUGGGCAGCGUUGUCUCAUCGCCGGUGGGCGAAUUGGCAGUGGCCACUGGCGUUGAACAGCUGGUGGGUCAACGGAAGGUCAAGACCAGUCAGAAUCUUGAAGCCAACUGGGAAGCCAUUGGUGUCAUGACUCGCGCCUUCAAUGGCACGCCCGAGACUGCGCCGGAGGGGACAACCGAUUGGAUCCUGGGUCCCACACUCCGCGAGCAAUGGGACCAUCCUGGGCGCAGAGCUGUGAUUGAGUGGCUGAUGAAGGUGGAAUGGUCCUGGUGCUUGGUGUCCGGCGGCUUUGCGUUGGGCGCCAGGAAGCCCGAUGGCACACUGGGUGCUGUGGUACUGGUGUCGCCCUACCAGAAGACGGGCAUCCCUGGGGACAUCACCGAUGCCUUGGAAUUUGUGCGAGCCCUGCGGCCCAUUGGCAUGCCACCCAGCAAGAAGGUGGGCAAGGCCUACAAGAGGAUGAGAGCCCGCGGCUUCGCAGCCAAGGAUGCCAUCGGAGAGGUGAAGAAGAGGCAUUGCAACUGUCCUCACGCACAUGUCAGGGUCAUGGCGGUUGAUCCGGAUGCACAAGGCCUCGGUCUUUGUGGCAAGGUGAUGCGCGUGGUCAACAUGUGGGCCGACGAUCUACGUCUAGCCCUGUGGUUGGAGACGUAUGGCACCCGCAAUGUGGCCAUUUAUGAACGUUUUGGGUACAAGACCAUGGAACACUUCGCCUUGAAAUACAAGGACGAUCCUGUUCACGAAGAUGCGUUUGGCAUGAUGCGCCUUCCAGUCAAGGAGGUCUAAUUAAUUGAUUCAUCAUGCGCGACCUCUCCUGCAGCUCAAACUUGUACAUUAUGGUGCUGUGCUGCUGAGUUGCGCAUGUUCGGCCGGAUUGGACCGUUUCGUCGGCUUGACGUGGCGGUUCAUCCAUGGCUUGGCGACACUUUUGUUUCUGAGUUGCUGAUGGCCGGUGCAGGGUAAGACCGUCUUCCAUUAGCUUGAUUGAGCGGUGAGUCGUGAGUCAGCUCGCAAAGAGCUAUCACAGCCCGCACUGUGUUACCAUCUAUAUCCUUACAGGGGAAGAGCAACCACAUGUUUACGCAUUCAUUGUG